AUGAAUAAUGAUUUUAUGAAAAACGAAAAGGAUGAUUAUGAUAAAGUCAAUGAAGAAGAAUAUUCACUUGAAAAUUUUAGAGGAAUAGAUAUGAACAAUAAUGUAGAUAUUAGUAAUAUGAAUAAUAAUUUGAAUGAUGUAGGAGAAUUAAUAAAUAUUGAUAAUAAUGAUAAAUAUGAUGAAGAUCAACUUAGUUUAAUAAAAGAGAGUUUGGAAUAUGGAGAAUUACUUCUUUCUAAUGUAAAAGAAGAAGAUGAAAAUAAUCGAAGAGAACAUUUUAAAAAGAAUGAUUAUAUGAAAGAUACGGAAGAUGUUCAUUACAAGGAAUCGAAAAUUGGACAAGAUAAAAGAUUUAUGCAUUCGUUAUGUGUUAAGGAAUUAAAAAGUACGGAAGAAGGAGAAUUAUUCGAUGAUGAAAAAUAUAAAGAUAAAGACACACUUAUAAAUAUGUUAAGAAAAAAGCUGGAAAUAAAAAUUAAAGAUUAUAAUUUAAUUAUGGAUACUCUUAUCCUUACAAAAGAAGAAUGUAGUAAAAAAGAAGAACAAUUAAAAGAUUAUAAAAUGAAAUAUAAUAAAAUGGAAAAAGAAUGUUAUUCUUUAAAAAAUGAAAUUGAAAGAAAAAAUAAUGAGAAACAUUUAAAUAUUGGUAGCUUUUCAUUUUAUAAAAAUGAAUAUGAUGAUAUGAAAUAUAAAUUAUUAAAAUGUGAAGAAAAAAACAAAAUCCUUUUAAAUAAAAAUCAAGAAUUACAUCAAACUAUUAUACAAAUGAAAAAUGAUUCAUAUAAUCAAAAUAUAAAAUUUAAAAAAGAUAUCGAUGUAUUAACAGAAGAUAAAAAAAAUAUACUUAUUCAAAAUAAAAAUUUUACAAAACAAAAUAAAAUUCUUAUAGAUAAAUAUUUACGACAAGAAAAAAUUAUUUAUAAAUUAAAAAAACAUAAUGAAGAACAAGAAAUAAUAAUAAAAGAAUGUCAUAAAAAAAUCGAAUUUGUUAAUAAAAAUUCUGUAAACCAUUUAAAUAAAGUUAGAGAUGUAUUAAACAAAUCUCUAAUCAAAUCAGAAGAACAUGUGAAAUUAUAUACAAACCUAAAAAAAGAAAAUGAUUCUUUAAAAAUAGAAUAUAAUAAAUCGAAAACAAAUAUACAACAACUAAAUGAACAAUUAGUAAAUUAUAAAAAUUUUAUUAAAGAAAUGGAAAAGAAAUAUAAACAACUUGUAGUUAAAAAUAAUUCUCUCUUUUCCAUAACACAUGAUUUUAUUAAUUUAAAAAAUUCAAAUAUAAUUAUAAUUAGACGAACAAGUGAUAUGAAACAAAUAUUUAAAAUGUAUAACUUGGACAUAGAACAUUUUAAUGAACAAGAUCAUUUAUCGGUGAUAUAUAUAUAUGAAAUAUUAUAUAACACCAACGAUAAUAAUAAUAAUGAUAAUGAUAAUAAUAAUGAUAAUAAUAAUAAUAAUAAUAAUAAUAAUGAUAAUAAUAAUAAUAAUAAUAAUGAUAAUAAUAAUAAUAAUAAUAAUUAUAAUAAUAUCAUGAUGAUGAUAGAAAAUAUGAACUCGGGUAAUCAUCCGAAUUCAAAUAAUUUACAUAAUUAUAGGCAUAACACAAAUGAUGAAAAUAAUUUAUCCAGUCUAAAAACAUCCUUUAGAUAUAAAAUUAAUAAUAAAUCUGGGAAAUCGCGAUCCAUCAAAUCAAGAUCUCAUUUCUCUGGAGACAAUGAAUAUAUUCAAGAUCAACUAAGUAAUCGAGAGAUGAAAGAUCAUUAUAAUUAUAUCGAAAGGUAUAAUCAUUCAUCUAAUCGUAAUGACAUACAUAAUUUAUAUUAUAUGGAAGAAAACGUAUCACAUAAUAAUAAUAAGAGUGAUUAUGAUGAAGAUGGAGAUGCAGAGAAUAAUAAUUAUUAUAUUAAAAUAAAAAAAAAUAAAUAUAAAAAAUUAAACGAUUUAUUAAAUAAAGCUCAAAUGAAAAUCAUAACAUUAACACGAGCAAAUGAAAUGUUUGAAAAAUAUUGUUCAAAUAUUAAAAACACAUUAAUAAGAGAUGACAUGAAAAAAUUUAGAAAACCAGAUAUAAGCGAUGUACAUAUUUUACAUAAUGAAAAAAUAUAUCUAGAAAAAUUAUUAAAUGAAAAAUUAAACUAUAUAAAAGAUAUUGAAAAAAAAUUAGAUGAAUUACAUGGUGUAAUAAAUAAAAAUAAAGAAGAUAUAUAUAUAUUACAAGUAGAAAAACAAACAUUAAUUAAGGUGAUUUCCUCUGUAUAUGAUUACACAAAAAUGGAGAGUGAAAAUCAUAUAUUUAAAAUGAAUACCACAUGGAAUAAGAUGUUAAAUAAUGUUCAUAUGUCUUCAAAUAAAGAUUAUAAUAAUCAAAAUAAUCAAAAUAUUGAAAAUAAUCAAAAUAUUGAAAAUAAUCAAAAUAAUCAAAAUAUUGAAAAUAAUCAAAAUAUUGAAAAUAAUCAAAAUAACCAAAAUAAUCAAAAUAACCAAAAUAAUCAAAAUAACCAAAAUAAUCAAAAUAACCAAAAUAAUGCAGGAAUACAUAUUAGUCCUGAUGACUUUUUAAAGUAUAGGAUGUCGCUAGAAAAAUUUAUACAAUUUACUAUAAAAGAACACAUUGUUUAUAUUAUGAAAGAUGAAAAAAAAAAAACUUCUAAUAUUAUUAAAGAAUCCAUAUCAUUAAAAAAGAAGCAUACCAAAAAGAGUAUUAUAAAUAACAAUAAUGAUAAUAAUAAUGAGGAUGAUGAUGAUAAUGAUAUGUUGAGUGUUAUGUAUUCUAAUGAUGAUGUGAUUAAGAAUAAAAGAAAAGAAAAUAAUAAAGAAAUAUUAGAAGAACAUGUAAGUUUUUCUAGUUUUUCGAAUAAUGAAUAUAUUGCUCAUUCUUUUAAUAGCAUAUUAUUACAAUUAUCUAAUUAUAUUUUUAACAUUGAAUGUAAGCAGAUGGAAUAUUUUAAAAACAGUAAUUUAUUGAGUUAUGUUGAUGAUUAUACAAUUACUAUAGAAUUGUUUUAUAGGUUGAAAAAAUAUAAUAAUAUAUUUAGCAUAGAGCAAAUCUUAGGAACUCAGUAUCCUUCGAUUUUACAAAAGCUGCAUGAUGGUAUAUAUUGUUUAAAAGAUAAUAAUAAAAAAAAAAACAAUGACGGUGAUAAUAAAAGCCAAGAAGAUGAUGAUGGUAACAAAAAAAAAAACAAUGACGGUGAUAAUAAAAGCCAAGAAGAUGAUGAUGGUAACAAAAAAAAAAACAAUGACGGUGAUAAUAAAAGCCAAGAAGAUGAUUAUGGUAACAAAAAAAAAAACAAUGACGAUGAUGAUGACGAUUCCUACAAAAUCGAAUUAAUCGUAGACGAAUUAAAUAAAUGCAAAAAGAAUUACACAGACGAGGAGUUAUACGAAUUGAUGAAAGGAAGCGAUUUCGAUAUAUUUAAAAAAUAUAAGAAUUUUUAUUUGAAUCAUUUUAUAAAUAUAAAUAAUAUAUUUAGUACAAUAAUAAGUUUUCAUAUACAUAAUAUUGAAGAUAAAUAUAAAAAGGUGUAUGAAAGAUAUUUUAAUCUGUUCAACUUUAAUUUUAGUAAUGUAGAGUUAUCAUUUGAUUUAUUAAUACGUAGAUUUGAUAAGAUUCUUCGUUUAACCAAAAAAUAUGAACAAUUAUUAGAAGAAAAUUAUGAAAAAAUAAAAAAUAAAAAUGAAAAGGAAGAAUACUUACAUGCUUGUAUAAAAGAAUUAGAAAUGAAUUUAGAGAGAUAUAAUAACGAGAAAAUAAUUUUAGAUGAACAAAUUAAUGAAAAGGAAAAAAAGAUUAAUAUAAUAAAUGAGAAAUAUUUAAUAUUAGAAAAGGAAUAUGAAGAAUAUCAAAAUAAAAAUAUAUUUAUUAAUGCACAAAUAGAAAAUUUAGAAAAAGAGAAAAAACAAUUACAAGAAGAAAUUAUACAAAAAGAUAUGAUCAAUGUAAAAUUGAAUGAAAAAAAUUGUGAUAUUAUAAAAAUAUAUGAAAAAGAAAAACAAUAUUUACAUACAUUAUUACAAGAAAAUAAAGAUAGUCAUAAUUAUUUAAAAGAUAAAUUUGAAAAUUUAUUAAAUUUGAAUGAAAAAUUAAAAUAUGAUCAUGAUAUAUCAUUAAAUAAAAUAAAUACAUUAUGGUUAGAAGAAAAAGAAAAUAAUAAAAAAAAUACAUUCCAUAUGAAUAAUUUAAGAGUUGAAAAUAAUAAUCUAUUAUUAAAAAUGAAAGAAUUACAAAAUAAAUAUAAUAUUAUAAAAAAGGAACUUAAUGAAAGAAUAAAACAAAUUAAUGUGUUCAGAAAUAAUGUUUCGACAUUAUCCUUGAGAGAUAAUAGAAGUACAAGAGGUUCUAUUCAUCAGAUAAAUAAUAUGUAUAUGAAUAAUACACAUCUGGGUUUUAUGGGUGCAUCUAAAAUAAAUAAUAAUAUAUCGAAUCUUUAUUAUUCAAAUAUGAUUCAUAUGUCUCACCGAGGUAGUAUCAUAAAAAAUAAGGAAGAUGCCGAAGGAAAUUCAACACAAGCACGUAUGAAUAAUAAGGAUAGCACGGAUAAUAUAAUAAACAAUAUACACAACACAGAUAAUAUAAAUAACAUGAAUAAUAUAAAUAAUAACACCCUCAAUAGUAUUAAUAGUAAUCAUCUAUAUUAUCCUUUCCCAUUUCAUAAUAAUGUAAACUCGCCCAAAAUGGUGGGAAUGUGUGAUGUUACCCUCGCAUCAGGAGUUAACAAAAAAGACGAUUUUCUCUUGAAUCUUGAGGAGAAUGAAGAGAAUUCUUUUCUGGAAUAUGAAAUUAGGAUAAAAUCGUUACAAGAAGAAUUGUGUGAUAAAGAAUCUGAGAUAUUAAAAAUAAAAGGAGAAAAGAAUAUUUUAAUUACUUGUAUAGAGACAUGGAAAUGUUUUUGUAAGAAUAGUAAAGAGGAGAUUUCUCGUUUAAAAGAAAUUUGUAAAGAACAGUUGGAAAAGCAUAAAGAAUUUUUAUUAAUUAAUAAAUCCAAUGAAGAUAAGCUGAAAUAUAUUAAUAGUUUAUUAUGCGAUGAAAAAGAUAAAUAUGACAUUGUUGUGAAAGAUAUAAAAAAUAAUAUGAGAAAUGAAAUUGACAAAUUAAAUAAUGAUAUAAAUGAGAAAUCAUAUGAAAUAAAAUUAUUAAAACAUGAAAAUAAUAAUUUAAUAAAUGAAAUGAAUAUUUUAAAAAAUAAAGAAACAGAAAAUAUGAAUAUAAAACAAAAAGAAGAAGAUUAUAUAAAAUUAAUUAAAAAAGAUAAAACAAAUAUUCAAAAUGAAUAUAAUGAUUUAUUAGAAAAAUAUAAUGAAGUAGUAGUAAAAAAUAAUAUGUUAUAUAAUGAUAUGAAUGUAUUGUUAAAAGAACAUAAAGAAGAAAUCUUUUUAUUAAAAGAAAAUAUAAAGAUAUUACAAAAAGAUAAUACAUACCUUAAUGAUAUGUUUAAAAAUCAAAUAAAUUAUGUUGAUAAUAAUUUAUUAAAAAAUAGAUUGGAUCAAUUAUUUAAUAUUAAUCAAGAUUUACAAAAACAUCUAGAUACAAAUCAAAAACAUCUAGAACAAUUAAAAUAUGAUUAUAUAGAAAUUAAAGAACGAUUAAAAAUUGAAAAAACAAAAAUUAAUAAACAAGAAAAAUAUAUUAUACAAUUACAAAAAGAUAAUAAUCUUAUAUUAAAUGAUUUUAAUUCAACAACAACGACAACAAAUAAUAAUAAUAAUAAUGACAAUAAUAAUGACAAUAAUAAUGAUAAUAAUGACAAUAAUAAUGAUACAUAUCAACAAUUUAUUCAUUCCUUAAAAGCAAAUUUAGAAAAUUCAAGAUUAGAAUUAAAAGAAUUAUCAAAUCUGAAUGAAAAAAUUCAACUAUCUGAUGAAAAGAAUCGUAUGAAAAUAACUAUAUUAGAAGAUAAAUUAUUUAAAAAUGAAAAAGAUAAAAUGAAAUUACAACAAAUUAUUGAUGAUAAUAAUAAAAAUUAUAUGAUACAAUAUAAUAAAUUAAAAACAAAUCUAGAUAUGUUAUCAGAAGAAAAUCGUAUGCUGUUAUUAAAUAAAGAAGAAUAUGAAAAACAAAUAGAACAAUUAAAUCAUGAUCACAAAUUAUUUAUAUCCACCAAAAAUAAUGAUAUACAAAUUAUAGAAAAUGAGAAGUUACAAGAACAAGUUGAUCAAUAUAUAACUACUAUUAAUGAAAAGGACAAAAUUAUUGUUCAUCUGAAUUUACAAAUUAAAAAAUUGGCAAAUCAAAAUGAGCACAUGAGAUCACGGUGUGACAUUUUUAAUGUAGCUCACUCGCAGGACAACAUAAAAAAUGAUCACAUGGUGGUUGGUGAGGAUAUAAUGGGAGAUACAAAUCAUGAUGUGAAUAAAAAUAUUGAUCAAGGUACAAAUCAACAUAUUAAUCAAGGUACAAAUCAACAUAUUAAUCAAGGUACAAAUCAACAUGAUACAUGUGAUGGUCCUAAUUAUAAUUAUGUUAAAGUACAGAAUGCAACAAAUCGUGAAGACAACAAGAAUAAAGAAAGAAAUUUAUCACAAGAAAUAUACAAAUAUAUAAAUGAAAAUAUCGACCUCACAUCUGAAUUAGAAAAGAAGAAUGAUAUGCUUGAAAAUUAUAAAAAUGAAUUGAAAGAAAAGAAUGAAGAAAUAUAUAAAUUAAAUAAUGAUAUUGAUAUGUUAUCUAAUAAUUGUAAGAAAUUAAAAGAAUCUAUUAUGAUGAUGGAAAAAUAUAAAAUUAUUAUGAAUAAUAAUAUUCAAGAAAAAGAUGAAAUUAUUGAAAAUUUAAAAAAUAAAUAUAAUAAUAAAUUGGAUGAUUUAAUAAAUAAUUAUUCGGUUGUUGAUAAAAGUAUUGUUUCAUGUUUUGAAGACUCAAAUAUUAUGAGUCCAUCGUGUAAUGAUAUUUUGAAUGUCUUUAAUAAUUUGUCGAAAAGUAACAAAAAGGUGUGUACAAAUAUGGAUAUAUGUAAUGAAAAUAUGGACAGCAUAUCUAGUAUAAACAAUGUUAACAAUAUAAACAAUGUUAACAAUAUAAACAAUGUUAACAAUAUAAACAAUGUUAACAAUAUAAACAAUGUUAAAAACAUUGUAGAUAUUAACAACUAUCUUGUUAAUAAUCUUCAAUUAAAUAAAGACAAUGAUAAUAUUAUUAUUAUUAAAUUUAAUAUUUUAAAACUAUUCAAAUUAGGUUCAUGCUAUUUAUAUAUUAUUAAUCGUAAUUUAAAAGAAAUCCAAAUGUUGAAAAAUCAAAUCCUUUCCUUAGAAGAAAGCAUUAAAAGCUUAAAUGAAUUCAUUAAUAAUCUAAAAAACGAAAAUGAAAAAAAUGAAUUAAUUAAAAUAAAUAAUUUUGAAGAAAUACUCAAAUUAAAAAAUAAUCUACAAGAUAAUGAAAGUUGUAUACAAAACUUAAAUAAUUAUUUAAAAAAAAAUGAAGAAUUAAAUAAAAUUAAUGUAAAAAAUAUUUUCAAAUAUAAAGGAUAUAUAAUUCAUUUAAUACAACAAAGUAAUGUCUUUUGUAAAAUUUUUAAACAUUUUAAUGAAAAUAAAAUUAUUGAUCAAAGUAUUAUAAACAAAUUACUUUAUUUAAAAAAAUCCUUUGAUUUUUAUAUGUAUGAUUCGGUUAUACAAGAAAUAAGAGAAAAUAAAAAUAUAAUAAUAAAUCAAGAUUUUUUAACAGAUGAAUAUUUUAAACAUAUACAAACCUUUACCAAAACAUGUAAUGUAUUAAUUCAAAGGGGAUAUCUCAGCAUCUUAAAAGAUACAAACAAUGAUUUCUUUAUACAAAACAAACAAAGUAAUCAACAAGGAAAUCAAAAUGGUAACCAUAUAAAUAUGUGUAACAUAUAUCCAGAUGAUGAAAUCAAUGUAACUGCUGAUCAACAAAUUUUUGAUGGUACGGAAAACGUACAACAGUCCUUACAAAAUGAGGAAGAUUAUGUAAAUAAUGAGGAAAUGUAUACGGACAAAAUGGACCUAGAUAAUAAUAUGAAUGGUGAUGAUGAUGAUGAUGAUGAUGAUGAUGAUGAUGAUGAUAAUAAUAAUAAUAAUAAUAAUAAUAAUAAUAAUAAUAAUAAUAAUAUGGGAGAUGAAGAUAAUCAUCUUGUUAACGCAUUUAAUAACCACAAUUUGUUGACUAAUGGUAAUGUUAAAUCUGACCAAAUUAAUAAUGAAACCUUAGAAAGAUAUGAAGAAAAUAUUAUUCAGAAUAUAUAUACUAAUGAUAACGUAGAUAAUAAUCAAGUCAUAGAAAAUAUAAAUAAAAUUCUUAUUAAGGAUAAACAAGAUAUUAUAAAUAAUGACGAACUAAAAAAUGAACAUAAUAAUUUAAUUAGAUUAAUUAAUGAAUCCAUAGAAAAUGCUCAUAACCUUGAAAAUGUUUAUGUACAAAAUGAUGCUAAUAAUUUAAUAAAUGAUAAUAUAAAAAAGGAAGAAACACUCACAUAUGUUGAUGAAAAGGAUAAUGUGUCGAAUGAAUCGAAUAGCAAAUGUGAUGAUGAUAAAAAGGAAAACGAAGAUAUAAUACAAGCGAAAAAUGAAAACUAUCCUGUAAGCACACAUUAUGAUAAUAAUGAUGAUAUUAAUAAGGAUAAUAUUAAUAAUGAUAAUAAUAAUGAUAAUAUUAAUGAUGAUAAUAAUAAUGAUAAUAUUAAUAAUGAUAAUAAUAAUGAUAAUAUUAAUAAUGAUAAUAUUAAUAAUGAUAAUAUUAAUAAUGAUAAUAAUAAUGAUAAUAAUAAUGAUAAUAGUAAUAAUGGGUUUGUUUGUGAGUUAUCAUCAAAUAUAAACGAUUUUAAUAAUAUAUUAAAUGUUAACAAAGAUAACUUCCAAGGCAUAAAUAAAUCAAAUAAUUUCUCAACAAACCUUUCAGAGUAUAAUUAUGAUGCGUAUGUAAAAAUAGUCGAAGCGGGAAGUGCUUUGGAAAAUAAAAAACAACAAGAUAAAAAAAGGAAAUAUUUUUCAGAUUCGGAAAUAACAAAAGAAAAUGGUUAUUUGGGAGAAUCCAAUUCGAUAAAAAUAAGAAAAGUAAGUGUUGGAGGAGAUAAUGAUAAUAAUGAUGAUGAUAAUAAUGAUGAUAAUGAUGAUGAUGAUAAUGAUGAUGAUAAUAAUGAUGAUGAUAAUAAUAAUGAUGAUGAUAAUGAUGAUAGUUAUGACGAUGAAGAAAAGGAACAAGAAAAUUAUAGUAACGAUGUAAAUACUGAAUUAAAUAACCAUGUAACAUUUGAAGAUAUUUCCGUCCAUAAUAAUAUUCAAGAAAAUAAAAAGAAUUAUUUUUCUAAUGUUCAUGAAAAUACUUUUAAUCUACAUGUUGAUGAGAAUGUACAUGAAGAUUUACAAAAUUAUGAAGAUUAUGUAAAUAAUAAUAAUAAUAAUAAUGAUGAUGAUAAUGAAGAGGAGAGUAACAAUAGUUGUUAUAUAAUUUCUUCAGAUGAUGAAGGGGACAAGAAAAAUGUCUCCAAACAAAAUGAUGAUGAUGAGGAUGAUGAUGAUAAUGGGGAUGAUGAUGAUAAUGAGGAUGAUGAUGAUAAUGAGGAUGAUGAUAAUGGGGAUGAUGAUGAUAAUGAGGAUGAUGAUAAUGGGGAUGAUGAUGAUAAUGAGGAUGAUAAUUAUGAUGAUGAGGAUAAUGAUAAUUAUGAGAAUGAGGAUGAUGAUAAUUAUGCAAAUGAGGAUGAUGAUAAUUAUGAAAAUGAUGAUGAUGAUAAUUAUGAAAAUGAUGAUGAUGAUAAUUAUGAAAAUGAUGAUGAUAAUUAUGAAAAUGAUGAUGAUGAUAAUUAUGAAAAUGGGGAUGAUGAUAAUGAUAAUGAUCAUAAUGAUGAUAAUAAUGACGAAGAAAAAUAUUCGUGUCAUGAUGAUAAAAAUGAACAUACAAAUAAUGAUUUAUUAAAUAUUGAUCAUGAUAAUAAUAAAAAUAAUAUAACUGAUGAGUUAUAUAGUACUUAUAAUGUAAGUGUAUCUCAUAAUAAAGACCCGUCUAAUAAGGAAAAUGAAAUUCAGAAUCUUAUAAGUAUUGAUUCAUCGAAUGAAAAUGACGAAAAUGAUGAAAAUGAUGAAAAUGACGAAAAUGACGAAAAUGACGAAAAUGACGAAAAUGACGAAAAUGACGAAAAUGACGAAAAUGAUGAAAAGGACGAAAAUGACGAAAAUGACGAAAAUGAUGAAAAUUUUGAUAAUAACAAUGAAGGGACCUUAAAUGAAAUGAAUUCUGAAGAAUAA